AUGAAAAGAAAGCACAAUUCUUCUCACGACACAUUGAUAGAGCCUUCCAAAAAGCUACACACUGAAAAUGGAAUUAAUUGUAAUGACCUCCAACACUCGAAGGAAAUUUCCUUUGUGGAUUUUGUGAAAAAUAUCAACCAUGAUAGUUUUGAAAAACAAGAAGUGCACAGUUAUGUAAUUGAAAUAUCCGACUCUUCUUUUUCAUCCCCUCCUUAUAAAUCAAACUCGGAUGAAUCUCUACUUUCUCCUAAGUCUGUAAAAUCUAGACAAAUUAAGAUAAAUGCCUACACUGUAGCUAAAAACGAUAGGAAAGCUCUGCCGCCUCAGGGACCCGUAUCUCGCUCUCAUUUUCUCGAAGAUGCAAUUGCUUUAACUCUUUAUGAAAAUUUGAAUACGGAAGAGUUUAAAUUUAUUAAUGACCUCAAGAUAAUGCCAAAUCUGCUCACUACCGAGUGUGACGUUUGCAAUACAAGUGGGCAUCUUUUAUUCGAGCUCGAGCGCGAUGAAUUUUUCAAUCAUGGUGUAAGCCUUCUUGAAUAA